CCCAUAUGAGUGGCCCAGGUUCUCAAUCAGGGAUCGUAAACCCUAAUAUUAUAAACUUCGUUACUCAACUUUCACUCCACCUUCAACCCGUCCUUGUCGUAGCCUACCUCCAUCUCUAAGAAUCAACAUGUCUGGUGAUGAAGCUGCUCCUGCUGUUGUUGUUCCUCCCGUUGCUGAGCCCUCUGCGAUUCCAGAGGACAUGGAUCUCUUAACUGCAUUGGAGCUCACGCUUAGGAAGGCUCGUGCUCACGGUGGCGUGGUUCGUGGUCUCCAUGAAUGCGCUAAGCUUAUUGAGAAGCGGUCUGCUCAGCUCUGUGUCUUGGCUGAGGACUGCAACCAGCCUGAUUACGUCAAGCUGGUGAAAGCUCUCUGCGCUGAUCAUAACAUCAACUUGCUUACGGUUCCGAGUGCUAAAACCCUCGGUGAAUGGGCUGGUCUUUGCAAGAUUGAUUCAGAGGGUAAUGCGAGGAAGGUUGUUGGAUGCUCGUGCCUUGUAGUCAAGGACUAUGGUGAAGAUACUACUGCACUCAACAUUGUCAAGAAGCAUAUUGAAUCAAAUUAAGUCAGCAAAGUUUUAUUUCUGAUAUUUUUCUUGUGUCCAUUUUUCCUCUUUUUUCGUUGUUUUUGUUAUUUGAUACAGUACUUGUUAGUGGAAAAAGGUCUUGAGAUUUGUUUGGAGCAUGAAAAUUUGAUGAUUUGCCA